AAUAAACCCAGUUCGAUUCGGAGUCCGCUCAACGAAGGCGCGGCCGCAUCCAUCGCGUUGUCCAUUGCAAAUAUUAAAAAAUAAAAAACAAUAAUGUUCCCAUUACGCCGCGUUGGCAGCAAGAUUCUGGAGCAAUGGCGGGCUCCCGUGGUUGCAGCGAAAGUGCAGAGGAAUUACAGCUCGGAGGGUCCCCAGCGACCUUUGAGCGUGCUGACUGAAGAUGAACUGGCCAUGAAGGAAACAAUCAGGAAACUGGCGACAGAACAGAUCCAACCUCUUGUCAAGAAGAUGGAGGAAGAACACCGCAUCGACGACAGCGUACGACAACUGCUUUUUGAUAAUGGGCUAAUGGGUAUCGAAACCCCAACUGAAUACAGCGGCUCCGGUUGUGGUUUCCUCACUAUGAUGCUGGUGGUUGAGGAGCUCUCCCGAGUGGACCCCGCUGUCGCCGCAUACGUGGACAUUCACAACACUCUCGUCAACUCCCUGUUCAUGAAGCUCGGAACUGAAGAGCAGAAACAGAAGUAUCUGACGAAGCUCUGUACUGAAUAUGCCGGCAGCUUCUGUUUAACGGAACCCUCUUCCGGAUCAGACGCUUUUGCCCUGAAGACUGUGGCCAAGAAAGAUGGCGAGCACUACAUCAUCAAUGGCUCCAAGAUGUGGAUUUCCAACUCUGAUGUCGCUGGCGUAUUCCUGGUUAUGGCUAACGCUGAUCCCUCCAAGGGCUACAAGGGCAUCACUUGCUUCAUAGUGGAGCGGGACUCCCCCGGACUGUCCGUGGCCAAGCCCGAGAACAAGCUCGGCAUCCGCGCGUCCGGGACCUGCAUGGUGCACUUCGACAACGUCAAGGUGCACGAGAGCAGCAUCCUCGGGGAGUACGGCAAGGGCUACAAAUACGCGGCGGGCUUCCUGAACGAGGGCCGCAUCGGCAUCGCGUCGCAGAUGAUCGGUCUCUGCCAGGGCUGCAUGGACGCCACCAUCCCCUACACCCUCGAGAGGAAGCAAUUCGGACAGAGCAUUUACAACUUCCAGGGUAUCAGCUACCAGAUCGCGCACCUUCAGACACAGCUGGAGGCAGCUCGCUUGCUGACCUACAACGCUGCCAGGCUCAAGGAGAACGGCCUGGAGUUCGUCAAGGAAGCCGCUAUGGCUAAAUACUACGCCUCAGAAAUCGCUCAAACUCUGACAUCAAAAUGCAUAGACUUCAUGGGAGGAGUCGGUUUCACGAAAGACUUCCCUCAAGAGAAAUUCUUCCGUGACGCCAAGAUCGGUACCAUCUACGAGGGAACCAGCAACAUGCAACUCCAGACCAUCGCCAAGAUCCUCCAGAAAGAAUAUAGCCAAUAGAGAUUAUUAGAAAUUAUUAUAUUAAGUAUCGUAGAUACAUGACAGUUGUAUAUAGUUUUAAAAACUCCUUUGAAAUUAUAAGUACAUGGCAAACUUUAAAAAAGUAAAUAAAAAACAUCGAAAAGAGUUGUCAGUGCAUUAUGAUUGCAUUUAUGUCAUUAUAUUACUGUAAAGUUUUUUUUUUUGUAAAAAAAACUGAGCUCAAGUAAGACUCAUAAGUACAGAUAAUACAGGGUAAAAAUAAUAUAUCUAAAGAACGAUAUCUUCCUUUUGUUACAAACAUAAGUUUAUAUUAUAUACUUUGUAUGCAAUGUAUUCCAAAUAAAAGACUUUAUAAACUAAA